UUGGAAGUUAAAAAAAUGUUCUAAAAUGACUUCUGCUUUCGGAAACUCGAUAUCUUUCACAACCCCUUGCGUUUAUCCAAAAAUGUGUGGACAGAAGAACGAUUGGACGUCCAACAUCCGGUCUGACCACGAUCCUUGGGGAUAUUUGGGAUGCCAGCAGGAUUAUUCCUCUCUGUGUGUAGUCAAUAACGAAGAAAUGAAGAGCUACGUGCGUCCCCUGAGAAACUAUAACGAAGGAUUGACGUUGCAGAUGCGGAAAUUUGAUGAACAUGUGACGACUGUGAAUGUGAAUACGGAGGGAUCAGUAAAUGGAUUGAAAAAUAUGAAUGAGGACUUUUAUGAUGAAGGGAAUAAAGAAAAAGGGAAGAAUAACAACGCCUACAAGCACAUUCCACAUAAGAACAAACCACCACAAGUGGUCGCAAAACGCAAUGCGAGAGAAAGAAGAAGAGUUCAAGCGGUAAACAAGGCGUUUCUUAAAUUAAGACAGGCAGUUCCUAUAGAAAAUAAAAGGGGAAAACGUAUUAGUAAAGUAAAAACUCUUCACUACGCCAUAGAAUAUAUUCAAAUUUUGCAGAAAAUUUUAGAAGCCGAUGACAAUAGAAGAUGUAUUAUAACGGUAAGACUAAAUUAA